AUGGAGAUAUCUCUGCACAAGAGUAAAACCCAUCUGCUUCCUCUUUUGUUCAUAACCAAAAUUUUCUUGUUUCUCACAAUCAAUGCUAGUGCGACCUCAAUAACCUUCAAUUAUGAGCAAUUUCGUGAUGUGGAUCAUCAGAACUUGAACCUUCAAGGAGAAGUUUUCCAGGAAAAUGGGAUGCUCAACCUCACCAGGUAUAAGAAAGACAGUGCCGGGAGAGUAACAUACAACAACUCAUUGCAACUUUGGGACAAUGAGACAAGAACACUUGCAAACUUCACUACUCGUUUCACCUUCAUCAUCAAUGUACUAAAUGAAUCUCGUGAUGGAAAAGGAGAUGGCAUCACAUUCUUCUUGGCAGAGCCUGGAUUUCCGUUUCCAUCUCCCCCGGAUGGCACAGGUAUUGGUCUUGUAAGUCGCGCACAGAUGCAGGAUCAAAAUUAUCUCGACGAGCAUCCAUUCGUAGCAGUAGAAUUUGACACCUUUUCCAAUACGGAUGUGGGUGAUCCACCCUAUGAUCAUGUGGGAAUCCUUGUAAAAACAAUGCAGACUAAUUAUAGAACACAAUGGUACACUAUGAAUGAUGGUAGAAAGUAUGAUGCUGAGAUUACUUACGAUUCUAGCUCAUUCCAGUUAAGCGUCAUGUUUACAGGAUACAAGGAUAACGUCAAAAUCAGACAAAAUUAUUCCCAUCAGAUUGAUUUGAGAGACUACCUACCAGAAGAAGUUCAAUUUGGAAUCUCUUCAGCCACAGGAUUACGGUUUGAGUUACAUACACUGUGUUCAUGGUCCUUUAAUUCAAGUCUUGAAAUGCCCGGAGUGGUGCAAAGGAGUAAAAGCAAUAAUAAGCGUUUGGUCAUUGGAGUGAGCAUCGGAUCAGUUGUAGUUAUUGUUGGGUUAUGCAUAGCUUUGUUUCUGGUAUGGAGGUCAAAUUGUAGGGUGAAAAGACGUGAUCGCUUGGAUCUUUCCCUGGACAAAGAUUUUGAAUGUGUUGGACCAAAGAAGUUUUCCUAUAAUGAACUUGUCAGAGCCACAAAUAACUUCGCAGAGGAACAUAAACUCGGAGAAGGAGGUUUUGGUGGGGUCUACAAAGGAUUUAUCAGAGAUUUGAAUUCUUAUGUUGCAGUAAAGAAGGUUUCCCAUGAAUCUAGACAAGGAGUUAAGGAGUAUGCUUCUGAAGUAAAGAUCAUCAGUCAACUGAGACACAAGAAUUUGGUGCAACUCAUAGGGUGGUGCCACGAGAAGAAUGAUUUUCUACUUAUCUAUGAGUUCAUGCCAAAUGGAAGCUUAGAUUAUCAUCUAUAUCGAAGCAGAAACCUUUUGACAUGGCCAGCCAGAUACAAUAUUGCUAAAGGCUUAGCCUCAGCAGUACUAUACCUUCAUGAAGAGUGGGAGCGAUGUGUGGUUCACAGGGACAUAAAAUCAAGCAACAUUAUGUUAGAUUCGAAUUUUGAUACAAAGCUUGGAGAUUUUGGGUUAGCGAGGCUUGUAGAACAUGGAAAGGGGUCAGAAACAACAAUUGUUGCAGGAACAAAAGGGUACAUGGCUCCUGAAUGUGCAACCAUAAGCAAGGCAAUAAGGGAGUCUGAUAUAUACAGUUUUGGAAUUGUUGCUCUAGAAAUAGCUUGUGGGAGAAAGCCAAUUGACCACUAUGCUCCUAAUGACCAAGUCAUGAUGGUGGAAUGGGUAUGGGAACUCUAUGGCAAAGGUGAGCUUCUUGAAGCAGCCGAUAAGAGGUUUGAUGGAGAUUUUGAUGAGCAAGAACUUGAAAGGUUAAUGAUUCUUGGGCUAUCGUGUGCUCACCCAGAUUAUACUAUGAGGCCUACAAUUAGACAAGCACUUCAGGUACUUAACUUUGAAGCUUCACUGCCUACUCUCCCACCAACAAUGCCUAAAGCAACAUAUGUUGCUCCAUGUUUUUCUGAUAUUGGUUCUUCAAUUUAUUCAUCUGCAUAUGCUAGUUCUUCUGCAACCAAUGACCCAAGGCCUUCAACCAAUAGUAGGUCAUAUACCAGGUCCUCACAAUAUUCAUCCAAUUCAGGGCACUCGUCUACAAAGGGACAAUUCUGAAUGAAUUGGAUUUUCCAAGCUUCAAUUUCAGACUUGGACUAAUGCUAGUUCAAGUCAGAAUUGAUUUCCUUUCAAUUACUCAUUAGUAGUUCAGGUAAGCAAGGAGAGAAGUUGAAGUUGGUGCAACCUAUCCCACAUGGGUUCAAUUCUUCUCUAUCUCUCCACUUAAGCAAUUGAGAGGAUUUAAAGUUAUUCCCUCAUUUUCCCUUUCAUGUGAUCUCAGCUUAGGAGAUGUUUGGGUGGAAACCAAAUUAUGAUUUUAAAAGUGAUUUUAUGGUAUACGAACCAUAUAUGUCGAAGAGUUUAUCUCAAUUUGCGAAAAAUGCUUUUCAAAAGCAUUUUUAUAAUUUGCCAAACACCCCCUUGUUAUAUGUAAUAAUUCCCAACAAGCAAACUUCAACCAUCUAAGAAUCUUCUGUAUCUUUUGGUAAUAUGAAUGUUAUUUGACUAAAAACAUGUGAUAUUGUUUAUUCGCUUUCAUUUAUUUAAUUUCAUUUUUUAAGCCCUUUGUUUACCUGGAAACUUAAAUAUGGUUGCAUUGUCUGAGUUUGUAUC